AACCAACGCAUUUAAUGAAAAUCGACUUAGAGGAGUCGCGAAACAAGAUAACGAAGAUCUAACUUCAAGAGAUUUUACAGAAUUCGAACUCAAGAAUCAGAUCAUUUUAUUAAGACAGAAGGUUAUGGAUUUAGAAACUAGUUUAAGAAAUAUAAGCAAAAGAAGAUUGAAUCAAUCAAGUAAAUGCCAAUUUACUCUUACAUUUUAA